AAAAGAAGAAGUAGUAUGUAAAUUAGAAAGGGAAUCAAUAGCAAGAUAAAGAAGAUGAUGGUAUGAAAGUAAAGUAGAGAAAGGGAAAUAAAAUUUUAAGAAAUGGUAGAAAUAAACAAGCAUUUAAUGAUAGAAUGUUGGAGAGGAAGAAGUAAAGAUUUGGUCUGGAUCGAGAAACAGUAUCUUGAG